AUGGGGUGCUGUGGCUGCGGAAGUUGCGGUGGCUGCGGCGGCUGCGGCGGCGGCUGCGGUGGCUGCGGUAGUGGCUGCGGCGGCGGCUGCGGCGGCGGCUGCGGCAGCUGCACCACGUGCCGGUGCUACCGGGUGGGCUGCUGCUCCAGCUGCUGUCCCUGCUGCUGCGGCUGCUGCGGGGGCUGCUGCAGCGUCCCCGUGGUCUGCUGCUGCCGCCGCUCGUGUGGCUGCGGCUCGUGUGGCUGCGGCUCGUGUGGCUGCGGGAAGGGCUGCUGCCAGCAGAAGUGCUGUUGUCAGCAGACGUGCUGUUGCAAGAAGCAGGGCUGCAGCUAA